UAUGUGUCUUACAGAUAUGCAAGCCUCUAUUUCUGCUGUGCCAUUGAAGAUCAAGAUAAUGAGUUAAUAACCUUGGAAAUAAUUCAUCGUUAUGUAGAAUUACUUGAUAAAUAUUUUGGAAGUGUUUGUGAACUUGAUAUCAUCUUUAAUUUUGAGAAGGCUUAUUUUAUUUUGGAUGAAUUCCUCUUGGGAGGAGAAGUUCAAGAGACCUCCAAGAAAAAUGUUCUUAAAGCCAUUGAACAGGCAGAUCUAUUACAAGAGGUAUACAAUUUUUGUUUCUUUGUUAAAGCACACCAGCAUGCUGGGCUGAUACACAUUAUUUUGUUCCAUUUCUUCCAAGUUUGCAGAAAAGCUUUUCAUCACUUUUACCACAUAAUGCUUUAUUUUUAUAUAUAUUUUAUGCUGCUAUACAAUUGUAUUCAUAUGGAUCUAGACACUUCUCUGCUCAACUUACAUUUUGCCUUUUUAAUUAAUUGAAUGAUUGAAUAAUUUUGUCAUACUUGUAUGUCUCUACUUUUUAUUGUUGAAAUCCAAAAAUUAGAUUCUAUUAUUAAGUGUUUUUUAAAAGUCAUUUUGCUACAGCUAAUGUAAUUUGAUGAGUAGUAAGUGUUUAUCAAAUAGUUUUAAUACUAGUCUUAUAACUAGAUUAAGGAUUGGAACUAUAUCUAGAUCUGCUAAUUAUUCCAAAACGUCUAAUUUUUCUGGCCUGUAGUAUCUAAACCCUCUUGCCCUAAAGUGAAUUAAAUUUUGAAUUUAGAUUAUAGUGUAGUAGCUAAAAUACAUUUCUUCACUUCUUAUUAAUUUAGGAAAUGUGUUUCAUGUUUAUUCAAGUUUGGUGACAGAGCAGUAAAUAAUGCCUUUGUCAUGAUUUUUUCAUAUCUAUGCUCACAAUAAUACUUAUAUAUUGUAAUAAAACACGAGUUUUGAGUAUAGCUCUAUCAUGUUAGCAAAGUUUUUGUAUGUUGCUUUAGGAAAAUUGUGCUUGGCUUGCUAUAUAAAUAGAAACAAUUGGGUUUUUUUGGCCAGCAUUACAUGGGAUGUGUAAAUAGAUGUAUUUAUUUUAUUCUGAGGAUUUAUUUUAUUCUGAUCCCUCAUCAUAUUCUGUCCCUUUAUUUAUCAGUUGAAAGUUUUAAUAUAGCUAAUUAAGGGAAAUUCAUCUAGUUGUAUUUGCUGGUAAAAUGUAGCUUUCUUGGAAAUUAGCCAUUUUAGAAGGAGCUGAUUAUUUGAAAGCUUUACUUAUUUAAAAUAUUUAAACAUUAAUGACAAAGUGGAAGUUUUCCAUGUGUAAGUUAUUAACAUAGUGGCCUAUCACAGAUAUUGGCAGGAAAAAAGACAGAAAAUUUGCUUGUUUGUCUGUGUCAGGGAAGAUGCUGAAGGUAUCUUGAAGAAUGUUGUUGUCCUGAGGAUAAUCAAGGAAAGGACAGGAGGUCAGGAAUUUUUACAAAAUUCCCAAGGAAAUCCCUACUUAUAUAGCUCAGUGAUUUAGAAAGAAAUUAAUUAUGUGAUAUACUAACUAUAGUAGAAGAAAAUUAAUAAAGUUAACUGAAUAAUCAUACUAUAUAUUAUAUACCUUUUAAAAGUCUUUGUAGAAGAAAAAUAUUCAAAAUAUUUUGUAUGUAAAACCCAUGACAAAUCUGUAGCUUCUGUUCCUGUAUUAA